AUGAAUAAUGUUGCUGAAGCCUUGCUUAUGACAAGGAAAUAUAUCGAUCAAAAUCCGAAUAUUUUGAGUGGGCACAGGCUUCUAUUUGAGAUUUUGUAUAAUUACAAACAUGACGAAGAAAUAGAAUGGGUCAAUGCAGGAAAAAUUUAUCAUCGUAUGGAUCCUUCUUCUCCUGAACAAUUAGUGCUUAGACCAUUGUGUAAAUAUUACAAAAAGCUUAUUAGAAAGGCCGAGAAAAAAAUUAACAAGAAGAGAGAAAAGAAUGCGAUUAUAUUUGAUGCUCAUCAAAAUAUCGCCGAAUUAAUGUUGCAACGUAUAGAGUAUGGAGAUGAUAGUUUAUCUACUAUUUCGGAGGCACUCAAGAGACUUAUACUUUCAGAAAAACUAUCUCCAAACGCGCCUUCACGACUAUUCUCACCCGCCACCGCACGUGACACAUGGAUGACCGAGUUCUUUCGAUGUCUCGCGAUAAAACGCGUAAAUACGUCACUAAGACUAAAAAUCUAUAAAGCACUGUCCGUUUACAGUGGAUUCAAGAUAAUCGAUGGUUUUUUUGGGGCGUGGCUUAAUAGCUGGAAAGAUAAAGUUGCUAGUGGAGAGGAUCAAGCUU